AUGUCUGGGAAGAACGAUGACACGCCCAAAGUAGGAGCUGCGCCACAGCUCGAAUGGAUUCAAAUCCGGAAGGAUGUGGAAAAAAAUCGCGGUUUUGCGGAAAUGAUCCCUAAUCCGAAUGUCGAAACUGCAUCCGAAAAGUUCAAACGGAAAUUUGGCGAAAAUCCACUUGUCCCAAUUGGUUGCGUCGCGACAGGAACAGUUCUGUUCCUAGGAUUGGCAUCCUUCAUCAGACGUAAUCCGAAGAUGUCGCAAAAAAUGAUGAGGGCUCGAAUCUUUGCCCAGGGUUUCACUGUCGUUGCAUUGAUCGCGGGUAUUUUCAAAACGGCUGUUGACACUGGCAAAGAAGAAGGUUCCGGGUGACAGCAUUUUUGCUGAAAUGAGUAGGCAGAGUCGAUUUUUCGGGUAGACGGUGCUGUUGAGGGCGUGAUUGCAAUUUUUGUUCUGUUAUCAAUGUCGUAAUGUUUGCGGAUAAAAGUAAGCGUUUUUUAAAA